UGAAUAAUUUUCGUUAUCUCAGUGAUUGCAGUUCAUUAAAAUUAACUACAGUAGGCAGUCGCAUUGUUCAAUCGGUGAUAGGCAUGUAUUCGAUUAGUUUACAAGUUGUUGACUUACAAGGAUACUUGUGGCUUACGGCGUACUUCCACUACUAUACACCAGGGAAUCUGCGACUCAAAACGACGGUGCAUCAAGUGCCUAUUUACCGACUACGAGAACUGAUUGACAAUGCUCCCGCUACCCAGGACACUCGGAGAUGGAAUAUGAAGCACGAGAGCCCUUACCCCGGGUACUGCCGCGCGCCCGGCCGAGCCGACUGCUUGCCGCUGCUCUGCGACUGUGACUUUCUUAAGCAGGAAUGGAGUAGAAAAAGGGGGAAUAACGGUACAGUUAGUGGCAAUACAGUACUUCUUUAUAAAAUAGGUGCACUAACAAAAACGUAACUAAUUAGUUAUCAAAGGGAUGUUU